CGGUCGCCUCCACCCAGCAAAGCCUGCUGGGAAAAUCUCUUGGUAAGCAGAGUGGUUGUGUGUGUGUGUGUGUGUGUAUUUUUGUGUGUCUGUGUGCGCAGGGAGAUAUCGCUGAAAUAAAAAACAGGAAGUCAGAGCGGCGCUGCUUUACACACACUUUGAGUCUCCAGCUGUCAGUCAAGUUCUUUUUUGUGACUGCAGCCGAAGCUCCCUCUCAUGGGGAAAGCAAAAGGCAAGUCGGGGCCCUUGGCUCGGAGGCCAGACAACUCAGCUUUCAAACAGCAGCGGUUACCUGCCUGGUCUCCUAUGCUAACUGCUAAUACUGUGCUGCCUUUCUUCUACUUCAUGGCUUUGAUAUGUCUGCUGUUGGGAGUGUGGCUGCUUCUUACUGUACAGAGCACACAGGAAAUGAAGCUGGACUACACGGAGGCCGAGACCUGCAGUAAGUGUUUUGAAAUGCGUAAAAAUGUGAGCAACGCAGCCCAGACCUGCACCUGCACAGUGAAGUUCAGGAUUGAAAAAGCAUUUAAGGGAGACGUCUUUUUCUACUAUGGACUCCGAAACUUUCAUCAGAACCUUCGCAGGUACAUGGACUCCAGAGAUGAUGGACAGAUGGUUGGCAGGAAGAACAAGUUAAAGAACCCAAGUACAUAUUGCGAGCCAUUUAUGAAAGAUCCCAGCGGACACCCCAUUGCUCCUUGUGGCGCUGUGGCCAACAGCAUCUUCAAUGACUCCUUCACCCUGAUGUAUCAUCAGUCCAGUGGAGAUAUAGUUUGGGCUCCUCUGUUACGAGAAGGCCUUUCGUGGUACACGGACAAAUACAUCAAGUUUCGCAACCCUCCGACUGACAACCUGACUCUAGAACAAGCCUUUGAAGGAACGGCACCACCUCUGUACUGGCAGAAGCCCGUGUAUGAGCUUGAUCCCUCUGAUCCAAUGAACAACGGUUUCGUCAAUGACGACCUGAUUGUAUGGAUGAGGGAGGCGGCUUUCCCCAACUUCAAGAAGCUCUAUGGAAUCUUACACCGAAUCACCAAGCCCUUCAUGAAUGGGCUUCCAGCAGGGAAUUACAGCAUCCGGAUAUCCUACAACUUUCCUGUGCAGUACUUCCGAGGCAGAAAGGAAGUGGUGCUGACAACGGUGACCUGGUUUGGAGGUCAGAACCAUUUCCUGCCUAUCGCUUACCUCGUAACCAGCAGCCUGAUCCUUCUGAUAGCUGUCGUCCUCACGGUGGUCUGGUGGAAGUUUGGAAAAGGUGGGAAGAACAUGAAGGAGUGAAGGGAAAGAGGUGCUCCGGGAAACUGAGGAGAGGAAUUCUGGGAAAAAAACAAGCGGAUUAAGUUAUAAUUGUUGGGUUGCUUUGGAGUUGUUUUGUAGGGACAACAAAUCCUAAAUGACAAGAACAUUCAUGUGAGUUAAUGAUGGAUGAGGAAAAUGGUUUAAAAUGGAAUGUUAAUUGUGUGCAAUUUUACAGCAGCACAUGCAUGAAAACUGGAAAAUAGCUGGAAAAUAGAUCCACGUGCGUGACAGGUUUUAUAGUGAUGUUGCUGUGAAAGCUGGUGUGUUUUCAUCUUUGAGCUUUGUUUACUUGAUUUUUACUUGCUGAAGUUUACUUUUAUAAUAAAGACCACUUUUUCUCAUGUACUCAUUUAUCUAUAGCCAUCCAUCCGUUUUCUUUCACAUACCCAAUUCAGGGUUGUGGAGGGGCUGAGUCUGUCCAAGCUGUCAUAGGUACACCCUGGACAGAUCACCAGUCUGUUGCAGGGCUAUGUAUAAAUAUAAUAAAUGUUAUAAAUAUAUUUAUUAAAAUUAUUACACUAACAAUG